UCGUCAAAUUCUUUAUUCAUCGUUGCUUUGAUUUCUGGGUUUUCAAUCUCAAGCUAAUCUCUCUUCACAAGGUGAUAACAGAUUUAAGGUGUUUUUCUUCUUCUAAUUAAAUGGGGAAAAGAAAGUCGAGGGCAAAGCCACCACCCAAGAAGAGAAUGGACAAGCUUGACACUGUUUUCAGUUGCCCCUUUUGCAACCAUGGAACCGGCGUUGAGUGCCGCCUGGAUAUGAAGAACUCUAUUGGUGAAGCAUUUUGUAGGAUUUGUCAGGAGAGCUACAGCACCACCAUUACAGCUUUGACAGAGCCGAUAGAAAUAUACAGUGAAUGGAUCGAUGAAUGUGAAAGGGUCAAAAACGAUGAAUACGACGACAAUGCUUAGGAAGCAAUGAAAUUUCUAUGUUUGUGCUGCACUGUUGGAAGAAAAGCCCAUGAAACCAAUGUUUUUUUUUUUGCUAUAAACAUACUAAACAAAAGAUGUUUUUAAUGGAAUCGUUAUAGUUGAAUUUUACUGCAUCAAGUGCUGCAUGUAUUCUGUUUGUAAUGGAACUGUUGA